AUGGCACAACCAACACCACCAUCAGUCCCUGCUCUGGGAUACCCCUGCAUCGCUGCAACGGGCGAUGAUAUAGCUACUCUGGUUGGACUCCAGUUCGACGGCUCCGCUAGCAACUCGUCCUACGUCCUUCAAUCUUACACCUUUCCUACAAACAAGAACAGCAUCACCUUCACACCCUCAGCCAGCCAAACCCCUCUUCAUGGCCAGCCACGCGCCAGCAGCCGCAUGGUCUGUGCUGCCGAUAAGGCCUCAGGAUCGUUUCUCUACAUCUUUAACGAGAACGUUUAUAUCGAGAACAGCCAAACCCCCGCCCUCGCCACCGCGGCACCCAUCUCGACUUGGAGCCCCGCCGUAUCUGGUGCACCCCAGGUUGCCUGGGCCACUACCACUCCUGGACAGUUUCAAUGGCUCGGACUAAGCGAUGGCAACUGGACCAUGUUUACCAUCGAUGCUAGGGGGGUGUCUGCCCCCAGCAAGGCCCUUGUCCCAGUCGAUGUUCCUUCUGCUGACGUCCAGACGAUUCUUCGCGAGCCAACCGGCAACUUUGUAGUCAUCUACACUAACGCAGGAAACACGGCCGCUUCUCGCUUCGCUCUCGGCACCGCUACCUCGACUGCUGUCGCCAUGGGAUCCCACGGUGAAUCAAAGAUCAACUUUUCGACAGUGACCCAUGCCCAGGACAACAGCAGCGACUAUUUUUUCGGAACCAGCGGCGGCAAAGACACAUAUACUGCUGCUGCCAACUUGACCACCCUCGACCUCAUCUCGACGCGCACCUUCCCCAGCGAUACCCACGGCAGUGUUUCUAAAUUGAGCAUGUACGGUGCCGCCACCAUGUCGAGCGAUGGAAAAUAUGCCUAUGUCUACGGAGGACUUUCCGACGCCUCCACCAACACCUGGGAUUUCGGAUUCACAAACAUCACUAUCGCUGCCUUUGCUUUGUUGAGCGGUUACGCCACCACUACCCCUACCCAGAUGGGCGCGUCAGGAGCCUUUACAACAUUGGUACCCGUCAUUCCCACCCCCGAAGAACCCUCCAAGGGUCUUUCCACGAUCGCCAUCAUCGGUAUUGCUGUUGGCGCAGUGGCUGUUCUCUUGAUUAUCGGUCUCUUUGCCAUCUUCCACCGUCGGAACAAGAAGAUUGAGGCGCGUGCCAAGGAGCAGGAGGGAUUAGAUCUUGCAGUGCGAGAUAUGCAGUCCAAGAACAGCCAGAGCAUGAACACCUACCAGCCCCGUUUUGCGUCCACCCACUCUCUUUUGGCGUCCGAGGCCAAUACCACCCCUCGUGGCCAGAACAGUGUCUCGACCGACCGUCCCGUCGAGAACUUGACUCUGCGUGUACCAAUUGUUCGUUAUGAUGGUCGGGAUGUCGCUCAGUCGUCGCCCUUUGCUCCUUUGGGUGCUGUUGUUCUCUCGCAGUAUCGCCUUGGCCAGACUGCCGUCAACUCCAAGAUGGUGGUCAUCCAGCUGGGCGAGAACGUUGAUACUGCCGAGAGUGUGACCCUCAAGUGGGUGCGUGACGAGAUUGUGUGGCAGAGAGAGGCCGCGAUGUUGAACCACAUUGUCAACCCCGCCAAGAUCAUCUCGCUUCACCAGACCAUGAUCAUCCCUGCCGCUCUGGAGUGGCGCCAUAUCCUUGUUCUCGACGCCCACGAAUUGACCCUUGACUUUAUGUUGUCGACCGCCCAACAUCGUCUUCUGAACCGUGACGAUCAGAGAGCUGUCGCCAAGGCUCUUUUGAGUGGAUUGGUCUGGUGCCACGAGAAGGAUGUUGUCCAUCUGUCGAUCUGCACUGGUUCGAUCGUGAUGAACGAGGAAGGCCAAUGGGUUUUGUGGUCGUUCGGCGGCUCCAGAUUCUUGAACGAGGCUGUUGGUCCUCGCCAGGGCUCGCAGAUUGGCCAGGAGGACGGCGCUGUGGAGCGCAACUUGGCACCGGAGCUGUUGAAUGCUCGCACUGAGAAGCGCCUGGAUACGACCUUGUCGACGACGAUGAUGGAUGCAUGGGCUGCAGGAUGUGUACUGUUUGAGAUUAUGACUGGUCAGCCAUUGUUCAGGACUGAGGAUGCGGCUGAGCAGGCGGCGACGGGUCGGUUUAACGCGUGGAAGGACCGUCUGGCGGAUAUUAGGGAUGAGAAGGAGCGACGGGUUGUCGAGGGAUUGUUGGUGCUGGACCCCAACUACCGUCUCAGCCUCACGCAAGCCGAGUCCCUCUUUAUGUAG